UAAUCUGUAUUUGAGCAAUAAUAUACCGAUUAAUUGAGAUUAUCAUAAAAAAAAGUAUGUCUAGCUUGACUGAGCAGAAUUUUGACAAAUCAAGUAAAUAGUAUAACUCAUCUAAUAAAUCAGAUGUUUUCUCUUUUCAAUAGUACAAUUCAACGUCAAAUCAAACAUUGUUUUGUAAUAAAAUAGUAUUUACUAUACGUACAAAGAAAUAUAAAAGUGCGCGCGUAUUCUUUUCCAUUUCUCACUCUUGGUUUGUUAUUGCCGGGAUAUACGGUAUGAUGGCGCUUUGGUUGGCCUUCAUUUGCUUUGCUUCACUUUUUCAAGAGGGAGUUACGGCUGGUUACGAGCUCUUGGUUCUCUUCGCGCCUUCGUUUAAUUUCACUUGUUUAAUUCUCGUUUUUUUUUUAUAAAAAAGAAACGCAUAAUGAGUGCACAAGCGUCUUCUGCGAAAAUAAAGGAGUUACGCUUGCCAAUUUCAAGAGUGAAAACGAUAAUGAAGAGUUCUCCUUAUGUUGAUACCAUCGGACAAGAUGGAUUGUACUUGGUAACAAAAGCUACGGAACUUUUUAUACAUUAUUUAACAGAAGAGGCACAUUCACAAAGUAACAAAGGAUCUUCUUUGGAUUAUAAACAUUUGGCAGAAGUCGUACAGACUAACGACACGCUGGAAUUUCUCCGAGAAAUAAUGCCCAGAAAAAUUACAGUUAGACAAUUCAAGGAAAUGAUGGCAGCUAAGUCCCAUAGUAGUUCUUCUGAGAGUAGUUCAGAUUCUGAUAGUGAUAGCGACUCAGAUUCAGAUUCUUGCUCAGACAGUGACGAAACAAAAGCAGAGAAUGGGAACUCAUCGGACAGUGAAAGAGAAAGUGAAACUAAAGAGAAUGGUCAUUCGGUCAGUGAUAAGAGCGAAAGUAGUGUAAAAAGUGAUAGUGAAGAGGACAAUAAGAGAUAAGUACUUAUUAAUCUUUAUGUUUAGCAGAUAAACUCUCUGAUUAUUUAAUAAACUGAUUAAUCAGGUGUUUUUCUAAAAUUAUUUGUAUAGAUCUUUAAGAUCUAUUUAAAAGAAUCAGAUACAAUAUAUCAAGGUGCAACACAACAUAUAGCAAGUGCAUCUAUAUCAGUAAAAACAUAAAAUGUAAUGAUAACGGCACAAAUUCAAAAGACUAUGAAAAAUUGUCUUUAAAGAGAAAAAAAAUACUAUUUUUCUAUGUUUGCAAUCAGCAAAUGCACGUUAUUAAAUCUUUUUAUAGAUGGUA